UACGAAAACAGCACAAAAGUCAUAAUCCACUUGAAGGCUUAAUACCAAAUCACCAACUCCUUCAAUUUAGUCUGGUCAAAGUCGUUCGAACGAACGGAUCAAUAGUUGCGUGAAAGCUUCCAGGGAACACGAAUCAUGCAGAAAGCUCUUUUGGUGUGUUUACUGCUGGCUUUCGCCGGACAGUCCUUAGCCCAAAGCGAGGAUGAAUUCCUCGAAUACCUCCUGAAUAUUCAGAACAAAGCCGAAACGGUUCAUCAGCUCAUGGAGGGUAGCUUCGAUAGGGCUCGCUUCGCCAUGAGCGAACAACUCCUUGAGCUGAACCGUUGGCUGGUUGGUAUUAUGAACAACGCUCUCGAAGAAGUGGAAAAGCUCCAGACAGACAUGGGAGCACUCCUGAAUACAUCGACUGCUCUACCCGCGUGCCUAACUGUUGUGCAGAACAAUUGGGAACUAGAAAUCACAAAAGUAGGCUCGACUUUGCAGAGUUGCGCAGCUCAGGCCACCCUAGACAUCAUCAGGGUUACCGCAGAUGUUCACGGUGCUAUCGAAGCUGCCCAGCCUCGGUCAACUGAACUGCAGAACAUUGUUGUGCGUGGGUUCAUCAACUGGAAUGCUCUGGACAACACGGAACAGCUAUCGGCUAUCGUAGGGGCCCAGAUUCAAGAGAAAUAUGAAAACUUCCGGGGUGUCACCCUGCCGGGAAUCGAUCGCACGGUACAAAACGUAUACAGUCUGAGUGCCGAGUUGCCAGCUCGUAUACGAAGAUGUGCUGGUCUUGGAGUGGAGAGACUGAAUAAUUACGCCCGCGUCGUUGCCGAGACGUUGUCAUUCUGCCACUGAACAAAUGCUUUCGCUUUUUUAAUGCGAGAUUGAUUAAGGGGUUCAUUAGUAAAAAAAACCUUGUUUUUUUUGUUGUGAAAUACA